ACAAAAUUGUCGUUUCUCUUUCUCUCUCUGUGUUUGGAGAGAGAAAAUCACCAAAAACAGAGUAUUCGAUUCGAUUCUUCUUCGAGUUACAGAAGAGAGAUUAAUGGCGGUUGGGAAGGAAGCCAGCGGGGAGAUUGUCAAGGCCCGUACGGACAAGAGGGAGUACAGGAGGAUCGUCCUCCCCAACUCCCUCCAAGUCCUCCUCAUCAGCGAUCCCGACACCGACAAGUGUGCUGCUUCCAUGGAUGUCCGCGUUGGCUCCUUCUGCGACCCUGAUGGCCUCGAAGGACUCGCCCAUUUUCUUGAGCAUAUGCUGUUUUAUGCUAGCGAAAAAUACCCUUUGGAGGACAGUUACUCAAAGUACAUUACUGAGCACGGGGGCAGCACAAAUGCCUUCACCGCUACCGAGCACACCAACUAUUAUUUUGAUGUUAAUGCUGAUUGUUUUGAAGAGGCUUUGGACAGAUUCGCUCAGUUCUUUAUCAAGCCCUUGAUGUCAGCUGAUGCUACAACCAGAGAAAUCAAAGCUGUUGAUUCUGAAAAUCAGAAAAACUUAUUGUCUGAUGCUUGGAGAAUGAGCCAGCUCCAGAGACAUUUGAGUUUGGAGAGCCAUCCAUACCACAAAUUUAGCACAGGGAACUGGGACACUUUGGAGGUCCGUCCAAAAGCAAAAGGGUUGGACACUAGACAUGAGCUCAUUAAAUUUUAUGAAGAAAAUUAUUCCGCCAACCUCAUGCAUCUGGUUGUAUACGCAAAAGAGAACCUUGAUAAAAUCCAAGGUCUUGUGGAGGAGAAUUUUAAAGAUAUUAAAAACACUGAUCACAGUUGUUCUCGUUUUUCUGGUCAACCUUGCACAUCAGAACAUCUACAGAUUCUUGUAAAGGUAGUCCCAAUAAAGGAAGGUCAUAGAUUGAGGAUUGUAUGGCCUGUUACUCCAGAGCUUCUCCAUUACAAGGAAGGGCCUUGCGGGUAUCUUGGUCAUCUUAUUGGCCAUGAAGGAGAAGGAUCUUUGUUUUACAUCUUGAAAACAUUGGGAUGGGCUACUAGUUUGUCUGCAGGUGAAGGGGAGUGGUCUUUGGAGUUUUCUUUCUUUAAAGUAGCCAUUGACCUUACGGAUGCCGGUCAAGAGCAUAUGCAAGAUAUAAUCGGUUUACUAUUCAAAUACAUUGGUUUGCUACGGCAAUCUGGUGUUUGCAAAUGGAUAUUUGAUGAGCUUGCAGCUAUUUGUGAGACAAAGUUUCAUUAUCAAGACAAAAUUCGUCCUAUUGAUUAUGCUGUCGACAUCACAACCAAUAUGCAGAUAUACCCCCCAAAAGAUUGGUUGGUGGGUUCAUCAUUGCCCUCAAAUUUCAGUCCAAGCAUUAUUCAAACAGUGCUAGAUGAGCUCUCUUCGAGCAAUGUGAGAAUUUUCUGGGAGUCAAAGAAAUUUGAAAACCAGACUGAUAUGGUUGAGCCAUGGUAUGGAACUGCUUAUUCCAUUGAGAAAAUUAGUUGCUCCAUGAUUCAGGAAUGGAUGCUGUCCUCUCCUAACGGAGAUCUGCAUCUACCAUCCCCUAAUGUCUUCAUCCCCACUGAUUUGUCAAUUAAGAAUGUGCAUGAAGAGGUCAAAUAUCCAACGCUCUUAAGAAAGUCACCAUAUUCAACAUUGUGGUACAAACCUGAUACCGUGUUCCUUACUCCGAAAGCAUAUGUUAAGAUAGAUUUCAUCUGUCCCCAUGCUAGUGACUCCCCUGAAGCUGAAGUUCUAAGUGAUAUUUUUACAGAGUUGCUAAUGGACUACUUGAAUGAAUAUGCUUAUUAUGCUCGUGUUGCUGGUCUUUACUAUGGCAUAAGCCACACAGAUAGCGGUUUCCAGGUGACUCUAGUUGGUUACAAUCACAAAUUGCGGAUCUUGCUGGAAACUGUGGUGGAAAAAAUUGCAAAUUUUAAAGUGAAACCUGACAGGUUUUCUGUGAUCAAGGAAAUGGUAACAAAAGAGUACCAAAAUUUGAAGUUUCAACAGCCCUACCAGCAGGCUAUGUACUAUUGCUCAUUAAUUCUACAAGAUCGCACAUGGCCUUGGAUGGAAGAACUUGAAAUUCUUCCACAUGUGGAAGCUGAUGAUCUUGCUAAAUUUGUUCCUUUAAUGCUCUCAAGAGCCUUCUUAGAGUGUUAUGUAGCAGGAAAUAUUGAACACAGUGAAGCUGAGUCAAUGAUCCUGCAUAUAGAAAAUGUUUUGUUUGAGGAUUCAAAACCUAUAUGCCAACCUUUAUUCCCAUCCCAACAUUUGACAAAUAGAAUUGUGAAGCUUGAAAAGGGUAUCAAUUACUUCUACCCUGCAGAAGGCCAUAAUCCAAGUGAUGAGAAUUCAGCCCUUGUCCAUUAUAUUCAGGUCCAUCGAGAUGAUCUUGUGCUGAACGUGAAACUUCAGCUUUUUGCACUCAUUGCAAAGCAACCAGCUUUCCACCAGCUUAGAUCAGUCGAGCAACUUGGUUACAUCACCUUCUUGAUGCAAAGGAAUGAUUUUGGUAUACGUGGAAUACAGUUCAUUAUCCAAUCAACAGCAAAGGGUCCGGCACAAAUAGAUUUGAGAGUCGAAGCAUUCCUGAAGAUGUUUGAGAGUAAACUAUACGAAAUGACCAAUGAUGACUUCAAGAACAACGUAAAUGCUUUAAUUGAUAUGAAGCUUGAGAAGUACAAGAACUUGAGGGAAGAAUCUGGAUUUUACUGGCGAGAGAUAUCAGUAGGGACUCGUAAGUUCGAUAGGAGAGAAUCAGAGGUUGCAGCACUAAAGCAGCUUACCCAACAAGAAUUAAUAGAUUUCUUCAAUGAAAACAUAAGAGUUGGCGCACCUCAGAAGAAGUCAUUGAGCGUGCGAGUGUUUGGGAAUCUCCACUCUUCCAAGUACACUGCAGACAAAAACGAACCAGCGCAACCAUGCUCGAUCAGAAUCGAUGAUAUUUACAGUUUCAGAAGGUCAAGGCCGCUUUAUGGUUCAUUCAAAGGAACCUUUGGUCAUGUGAAGUUGUAGUAAAGCCUAUAAUCUUUGACAAGACGUUAACCGGAAUUUGGGGAUUGCAGAUGGAACCCCAAGGAUACUGAUUCCCCAUCCUCAAUUCUCAAUCAACCGGAAUAGUGACUUUAGAAUUCAUGAAGAAAGCAUAUGUUGGUUCAGGAACUAUUAGGGGAUCGAAAAGAUAUUUGCUACUUUUUUUUUUUAAGCUCUCGGUUUCUUGGGUGGCUAUAGUAUUAAUUGUUGACGUUCUUUUCCCUGGCUGGCAAUAAAAUUGUCCCCAGCAGUUUAUUAAGGGUAAUCUUGACAAAUACUCCUUAAAAGUGUAUGAG